CCACAUGGGCAGCAGUGAGGGGCGGCAGCGGCAGCGGCAGCUCCUCUGACGUGACCCUGGUCUGUCAUGGUCCAACAGUCGUUAGUCGGCGGGUUAGUUAACAACAGAGAGGGUUAGUGGUCGGAGUUCAACCACAGUCUGUCAGCCGUGCUGCAGCGUAUCUGGACGUGUACAUCGAUCUGUAGGUAGUACUAUGAGAAGAUCUGUGUGCACUGCAAGUGUGUGCGUGAGGAGCACGCCGUGCGCUCCGUGCCGGGGCAGCUGGAGAAGAUGAUGACGAAGCUGGUCUCAGACUUCCACCGACACUCCAUCUCUGACGAUGACUCGGGCUGUGCCUCCGAGGAGUACGCCUGGGUCCCACCUGGACUCAAGCCUGAACAGGUGUACCAGUAUUUCAGCUGUUUACCAGAGGACAGAGUCCCUUACGUGAACAGUCCAGGGGAGAGAUACCGCAUCAAACAGCUGCUGCACCAGCUGCCGGCCCACGACAGUGAGCCUCAGUACUGCAGCUCCCUGGACGAGGAGGAGAAGAAGGAGCUGCGUCUCUUCAGUCAGCAGAGGAAAAAAGAAAAUCUGGGGCGCGGCAUCGUCAGGCUCUUUCCUGUGACAAUGAUGGGGGCGAUAUGCCAGCAGUGUGGCAGACAGAUCUGUGGCGGGGACAUAGCGGUGUUCGCCAGUCGGGCGGGGCACGGCAGCUGUUGGCACCCCCAGUGUUUCCAGUGCGCCUCCUGCACCGAGCUGCUGGUGGACCUCAUCUACUUCUACCAGGACGGACAGAUCUACUGUGGACGGCACCACGCCGAGAGGCUGAAGCCUCGCUGCCAGGCCUGUGACGAGAUCAUUCUGGCCGAUGAAUGCACUGAAGCAGAAGGACGAUACUGGCACAUGAAGCACUUCUGUUGUUUCGAGUGUGAGGCUGCCCUGGGGGGGCAGCGUUACAUCAUGAGGGAGAGUCGGCCGUACUGCUGCUCCUGCUACGAGUCCCUGUACGCAGAGUACUGCGAUACCUGCAGAGGACACAUAGGUAUCGACCAGGGCCAGAUGACGUACGAGGGUCAGCACUGGCACGCGGUGGAGGCCUGCUUCUGCUGCGCCCGCUGUCAGCUGCCCCUGCUGGGGCGACCCUUCCUGCCCCGGUCCGGCCUCAUCUUCUGCUCCAGACCCUGCUCCCUGGGUGAGGACCCCAACAACUCCGACUCCUGCGACUCGGCGCUGCAGAGCAGACCAGCUGAGCAGAGGAAACAGCAGCAGCAGCCACAGUGCGGGUCCCCACUGAAGCCACCAGAGGGCGUCAGCAUCUCCGCAAAAGACUGCAUUCACACGGCAGUGGAGAGUAGAGGUGUCCACUGCACUGCUCCAGUCCAAAAUGGCGGUCCUGCCCCCGGUGGUCAUCCUCACCCGAGGGGCUCCUACUCACCCCUGCCCCACAUUCAUCUAGGAAACGGGCGUGGUCCGUCCUGGCCUAACGACCUUCCCUACUACAGUCUCCUGGCCGGGAACACGGCCGGCAGAGCCUCGGCGGUCGGCGGUCUGCAGCUGAACGGGGAGCAGAAGGAGAACGGCAGAGGAACCCUGACGACCAAAGACUGCAGGAACUGGGUGGAACAGACCAAUCAGGUUCUGCAAGCCUUCCCUCCUCAGACAGAGCCACAGGUGAACCACCAUGUCUCCCCCGACUCACCCCUCCACCCCCCACCCACCCUUCCACCUCCUCUGCCCGUCAAGACUCGAGACUCCAUACUGAGGUCGUCCCCGCCGCCCAACCUCCGGCCACCAGAGGGCGGACCCUCGGACUCUCCACCGCUACUGACCCGCUCCAGCACGGCCAGAGUGAGCUUCAGAGAACCAAUCAGCAGCAGCUACUCCGUGGACGAGGACGAGGGAGAGGACGAGGAGGAGGAGGAGGAGGCUGAGGAGAACCAGGAGGUGGAAGAGGAGAUGGUGGGAGGUUUUGGGAGCAGGUUACAGCUGCAGAAGGGACUUCCAGUACAGAUGGAUCUGCUGGAUGGAUCCUCCUACCGUCAGCGCAGUCCGAGGCGAGGGUGGAGUCGCUCCCGUGCCCAUCCUGACCCCGCCCUCCACCCUGGAGCAGAAUGGAGAUCUCGACUCGGCCGACCAGAUCGCCCCCAGCUGGACACCCUCGACUGGAGAGGGGAGAAAGACAGAGACGGCCGCGGCUCCUCCAGAACUUCGUCUCUGAGUCUUCAGCCGGGCCGUCACAAACACGACGACUGUUGUUCCACCUGCUCGUCUUCCUCUGAUUCAGAGGAGGAAGGCUACUUCCUGGGGAAGCCCAUCCCUCUGCCCCCCCAGCUACGAAAACAGUCGCCUGAGGAGGUGAAAGACAGAGAAGGAGAGCAGGAGAAGGAGGUGCAGCGGGAGCAGGGACUGAGGGGCAGCAUACGCCGGAGAAGAGCUCAGAGUCUGAGUGCAAAGGACAAAGACAAGAACUGUGCCAUUUCCUAAUGACCAACAGGGGGCAGCAAGCCUCUUAAACCUCUGCUGAGUGUGAACCACCGCACAGAGGAGGUCGGAGUAUUUAAAGCAGUAAUGAACAAACACAUCUUCUCCGAAUAGAAAGCAAGAUGCUGCGGUAGCCACCAGAGGGCGUCAAAACACCACCUGUAGGAGUCAUUGUACACACACAUACAUUGUACACAACUAAUUUUAACCCAUAUUACGUUUGGUGCUUGGUCAUACAUCGCAGGCAGGAUGGGAUUCGAACCGGCAAACCUCCAAUUCAAUGCCCAGUCCUUCUUCUCAGGGCCCGGGCUGAAGUACAUGUACCACAUUUUGAGAACCACAGUUGUCACUUUUGUUUUUUUUCCAGAAACGUGUCUUUGUGUCAAAGCUUGUUUUGGUGAUUGUUGCUUAAAAAAUCAUGGAUGAAACAUGUGACGUAGUGACGCAGGUGGAGCGGAUUUUCUUGUUAUCAUUUAAAUAUGCAAACCUUCAGAGUCAUCAGCAGCUGACGACGUGUUCCUCCAUCACAGAGUAUUAGUUCUAGGUUCUUUUUUUUACCUCUGAUGUUUCCUUAUUAUGUGCAAUUCAUUUGACUGUAGUACUUUACAGUACUUCACAGUACUACAGUGCACGGCCAAACAGUUGCUGAUGAGUUUUAAAUACUGCAUCAGGACGGUGAAAUACUACGAUCAACAGUCAGACGUUAGUGUAAAUGUGUUUAUUGAAUUGUAAAUAAUAAUAAUAAAAAAAAUAUCGACACACGAAUCACGUCCGACUUGAAGAUGACGUAGUUUUAUAUGCAGUUCUUGGUGUGGGUUCUUC